AUCUUCGGAAGGUACCUGGCUGGAGACAUUCUGAUCAGCAGCCUACUCAGCCCUGGAAAGUAUCCUCACACAAAGAUAGGAGUAACCGUAAAGAUGAAACCACUGUGUUUCAUCUUGGGCCUUUUGGCCCUUGAAGCCUGUUUCUCGCCUGGUGAGAGUCAAAGAGGCCCCAGAGGACCAUAUCCACCAUAUCCACAGUUGCCGCCUCCUUUUCCUCCACAACCUUAUGACCCAAGAUAUGGUCCACCACCUCCUCCUCCUCCUCCCCCUUUUGGCCCAGGGAGAAUUCCACCACCUCCUCCUUUUGGCCCAGGAAGAAUUCCACCACCUCCCCCUUUUGGCCCAGGAAGAAUUCCACCACCUCCCCCUUUUGGCCCAGGGAGAAUUCCACCACCUCCCCCUUUUGGCCCAGGGAGAAUUCCACCACCUCCCCCUUUUGGCCCAGGGAGAAUUCCACCACCUCCCCCUUUUGGCCCAGGGAGAAUUCCACCACCUCCACCUUAUGACCCACGUUAUCCAUAUCCACCUUACCAACCAAAUCCAUAUAUACCUGAACCUCUAGUGGACCCUGAAUACCCUCCAGUAUAUCCUCCCUCCUUUACCCCUGCAUCCCUAGUACAAGAUACUACAACGAGCUCCACUACAACCAAAGGAGACUCCACCACCACCAAAGCAGACUCCACCAGCCCCAAAACUACUGCUUCUACUACCAAAGAUGCAACUACUACUACUGCCAAGGGAUUUUUUGACAAAAUUUGGGGAUAAGGAUCAGAUUUCCUAUGGCUCUGAGCUGUUUGGAGAAAUGACCUUAGAAAGAAACCAAAACAACCCACACAAACA